AUGAAACAUUUUCCUUCUUCUGUGUGCAGUGUUUGUCCAUCUUGCAUCUUAUGUGAGCCAUGUAGUCAUAAACACGAUCCCAGCCACAACCUAAAGAGAACAAGGACUCCUCUGUCUGUCCCUGAACGUGGAGUUACUCCGGAACCCAGGUUUCUGAGGCGGGGUGACAGGACGGUGCGAAAAGCAGAGAGACAACGGCUGAAAGCUGAGCGGAGGCAGCUGAAGGCCGAGGUGAAGGAGAUCAAGAAGAAGCUGAGGCUGGAGAAGAGAGGUCUGCUGUGGAGUGGAGCCUCCAAUGGGACCAGCAGCUCGGGCCUUGCCCCCGCUCCCGGCACAUCUCUUGGCCCAGGAUCAGCCCCAGCUCCGGCCCUGUGCCCAGACCCUCAAACAUCCAGUCCAGAGGGUCCCAAGGUCUCCUGCUCCACCUUGGUGCCCACAAUGACUGCCAUGUUUCUGGAUGAGAAUCUACCAGAUGGCACUUGUCUGGAGCCAGGCACCAAGUUCAUCAAGUACUGGAAGAUGAGGAACACUGGCAACAUCAGCUGGACUUCGGAUACCAAGUUGAAAUUUAUGUGGGGCAACCUGACCCUGGGAUCACGGGAGCAAAAAGAAGUCGCAGUGCCCUUUCUGCAGCCGGGUCAGGUCGGUGUGGUGAGCGUGGCGUUUGUGGCACCCCUGCUGGAGGGCACCUACACGUCUCACUGGCGCCUGGCACACUGCGGGGUGCAGUUUGGGCCAAGAGUGUGGUGUAGCAUUGUGGUGGUGCCAAGUGCUGAACCGAAACCAACCCACUGCAGCAAAUCACUGAGGACCGAACUUUGUCUAGUGAGGAAAGAUGGCAUGUUCUGGUCAGGCACCAGAGAUUGUGAAGCCUCCACCAGCUCCCGGAGAGAAUACUUCAUCCCCUCUGUGGACUUAUUGACGGCACAGGAUCUGUUGUCCUUUGAGUUGCUGGAUAUAAACAUUGUGCAAGAAUUAGAGAAAGUCCCAGCCAAAACUCCAGCUGAUAUGACCUCCUGUGUAUCUCCACUUCCUCAUCAUGGACCCUUGUUUGGAAAGCAUGGAACGGGGUUAAGCAAAAUCGAGGCUGGACAUUCAGGCAGGAAAAAAAGUCAAGCAUUGCAGCCUCAGAGACAGAAUGAACUUCUGGAUGUUCCUGGCAGUGAGGAAGGAGAUGAAGACAUCAGUGGGACCCAGUUUGUGUGCGAGACUGUGAUUCGCUCUCUCACUCUUGAGGAGGAACCAGAGCGCAAGCCUCAACGCAGGACUCGGCCCAACAUGAGGAGGCAUGACGUUCAUGAUGCUGCUCGCUUUCAAGAGAUAUCAUUACUGGUGAAGAACGACAGACCUCUGGCAAUCAUAAACAGGCCUGAGGCUCCAGUCCCUGUGCCAAAGCCAGUUAUAACAGAGGAACCUGCCAUGCCAGUCUUUUCAGAAGCAUUGAUUGGCUCAAAUGAAAACCUCUAUACCGACCCAGCUGCACAGGACGAGAAUGAAGAGGAAGUGGAACAAAGUGGACAUGAAAAAGAAAAUGAUCAAGAAAAAGAGGAAGAAGCAGGAGAGUGGGAUGAGGUGAGCAGCCAGUUGUCCUCUGCCUCAUCAGAGGACUACAUUGUCAUCCUGCCUGACUGCUUCGAUACUUCCAGGCCCCUGGGAGAAUCGAUGUAUAGCUCAGCAAUGUCCCAGCCUGCAGUCCCUCUUGCCAACGAGCCAGAGGUACGGCAAAUCCAGAGUACGGCCGAAGGAGAAAACAAGGAGCCCAUCCCUGUUCCAGCUAUUCAAAACAGCCUGAACCGGAUGCUCUGCACCUCUCAGAUACUGGACACUCCUCCUCUAAUUCCAGAGAUGGUACCUCCACCCAUAGCUCUUUCGCCAGCCCCAUCUCUUCGAACCCACAGAUCAGUGAGAUCUCAUGAUCUUGAGUCAGGACCAGGGGCCUCUGAAGACAACACCUCAUGUCAACUUGACGAUGACUCAAGUGGUUGCAGAUCAGAUCAUUUAGAGGCCCCUGUUAGUGCCUUUGAGACCUGCGGCUCCCAGGAUCUCAGGGCACGUCACGGUGGUCUGACAGAGGGGCUGGUGAAGGGAGCUCUCUCUGUGGCUGCCUCUGCUUAUAAAGCACUCUUUACAGGCCAGAGCACACCUGCACAGCGGCCUGCUGUUGACCCAGCCUGCGAGGAUGCCUCCAUGAUGGCUGUACUGCAGGAGAUGGGUUUCAGUAACCAGCCGCUCAAUCAACGGUUGCUGAGGAAGCAUCACUACAAUUUGCUUGAUGUGGUCAAUGAGCUGGUGCAGUUGACCGACAGCGAAUGGCACAUCUCAAGACAUUAGAAAGCACCGAGCAACCUCAAUAAAGUGUAAGAAUUGUAAAUGAUUUCAUCGUGUUGCAGCAUUCUGUCAGAACAGGAGUGGGGUGAUGAUGAAAUGAUCUCUGAUGUUGUUUUGUUAGAGAAAUAGUUUGGACACUCGAAAAAGAGAAAUGUAUCGCUAUAACUGACCAUAGCUGCAAUGAUGCAAUUACUUGAUUGUAAAAUUUUAGUUUCAUGUUUAUAUAGGACAUUAUGAAUGGGGAAACAACAUAAGGUUUAUUAGGCAGUCUUAAUGCUUUCUUUAUUCAGUGUGUGUGCUCUACUAACACGUAUAGACCGUUGUUAGCUAGGCUUCAGGUAUCUUUUGUACUGCUUGAUUAGAUAAGAGGAUAAAUUUGAGACAAUGCCCAGAGGGUUUUGGUUUGUUUGAGCACUUUUGCCUCUCAGAGGAAAGAUAUAAAUAGAAAAGCCUGUAUUGAUUUGGUUAUUUGUCACAGUGACCUCUAUAUUUGUAUAUCUUAUUUUAAAUCACACUAAUUCUUAUGUCACACUAAGGACAAACUUAUAGGAAUGUGCAAUGAGUGUUUUAGUUAUGCUUAACACAACCAGUGAUCGAUUGGUCAAGAGUUUUUGCUAGGCACCAAUUUUGGACAUCUUUGUCAUCUUCAUGUGCAAUGUAUUACUAUGAACUGAAGGCUUAUCAACAUGGCUUUGUGUGUCCAACACAGUGAAUAAAAAACAUUCCAUUAUCA